AGGAGGGGAGAGGAGGGCAGGCAAGGGUCUGUAAUAAGGGUUUACAUUUAAGAAUAGGCACUACUGGCUGAAAGAAAGAAAGUGCAAGUAAAAAAAAAUCUUCAUUACCAGAUAGAAUAGCGAAAUGAUCAAGUGAAAAUUAAUUUUGACGUCUUUUCAAAUUAGUUUGAGUCAGUUUUUUCUUGUUCUUAAAAGAGUUAUCCUAUCAAUUAGCCUAAUAGGAUGCCACAGACCAUUGUACGAAAUGCUAUUUUUGUCAGACAUUUUGGUAAAUAACUUGUUCGUCUAUAUAAUUUUGAUAGAUUCGAGACAGAUGUUUCAUUGAAAAUUUUUUCUUCAUGGAAUACGCAAGAAACAACACUCAACUCAAGUGGCGAGCGGAAUAAAACUCAUGUGUCUUGCGUUAUCCAGUUAAUUGCUUCCCAAAAAAAUGUAUUUGAAGAAAAUUAAAUGCCCUUAAGUAAUAGACAGUUGUUUGAUCUGACAUGCUCUUAGAUAGAUUCCCCAUGCUCGACGUGGGAUGAGCUUGAAUGCUAUUAACUUAGCGUUCUCUUUGUGUGGGCAGUUAGUCGCGGAGAAGUGCGUUUUGAUUGGCUACCGAAUGGAAGUAAUGGUUAUGGCGCUCUCUCGAUUGUUUCCCCUAGCUACGGAAGUCAGCAAUAAAAUGGAAAAAACUCUCCUUUAAGUUUGAAAACAAGAUGAAAUAGGAGCUUUGCAAAGACAUUUCCGGGAAGACCCGGUAAUUAUGAAAAACAAAAACGAACAACGUACUCAGAACAUCAAUCGCCGGCUACUUAAGUUAUCAUUAUUGGUAUUCGGCUUUGUCAGUUAUGGAGAGAGAGUUAGGCCUAUGACAGCCAAUCAGAGGCGUAGCUAUAUAUAACUACUAAAAUACUUACAGAGCGACUUUUCGUGGAUGUAACCUACAGAAUUCAGACGCCAAAAUUUUAGGAGAGAAAGUGGUCUUAGUGCUCUACAAAUGUAGUGUUAUUUCAUACGAAGGCAAAGCAAAAUCAAGUUGGAAAGAUUCGACUUUUAUGUUAUCGGUGUUGUCGGUACAACGCUUGUGCCGCCAUUUAAGCCAUAGCCACCUUUAUUUGAAAUCAAAUCAAGCAUUGAUUGUCCGAAGGAAGGGGGGCAAUUCAGAGAGGCUAAAAGCCACCUGCUAUCAACUGUCUGAGUUGAGUCCUGGCAAAACCAAACGACUGGAGCCAAAAAUAAGAUAUUGGAAGGAGAAGUGUUGAAGUUAUUGAUUUGAUGGUUACAAAGAAGAAGAAAGGAGAGCAAAGGGGAGAGAGAGAAAAGCUGUACCAAGGGAAACCGCAACGAAGAACAUUUUAUCGAAAGUAGUAAGCCGCCUGUACGAGCACGUUCUCUUGGGGAGAAAACAGUGAACAACGCAAACACAAAACUGGUCGCUUAGCAAAUAUCCAUUGAGAGAUAUGUUUGGUUAUCACCUGGUCGUAGAAUUUAGAUGAACAAAAGAUGGUUGAAGAAGCAUUGCCUGAAGCGAAAUGUUGUUUUCGUAGCGUAAAUCGCACUCAAGAGCUAAUAGCCAACCCGAGUUUGUGUUUCUAAGCCAACCAAAGGCGAGAAAGGGCGGAGAAAAACGGCUUUCAAAUACCGACAUAUAAGAGCGCAACUCCAGGAUUUAAAGCAUAAACGCGAUGGAAUGGCACAACAAUACAACCUCCCAGUUUAACGCGGAUCAAGGGUCUUCAAAAGCCGAGGUCAUGUUAACCUUAGCGGUUUACAUAAUAACCUUUGUUCUUGGAGCCGUGGGGAACUUCCUAGUAUUUGGGGUAAUAUUUACAAAAAAGGAACGCAAGACACCGAACGACGUCUUUCUUAUAAACCUCGCAACAGCUGAUCUGACGGCCGUUUCCAUCUCACUUCCAGUGAAACUCUACCAACUUUUCCCGCCAUUUCUUCCCGCCAAUAAUUUCGUAUGCAAAGUGGUGGUUCCUAUGGUAAGUGUGCCAUUCUGUGCGAGUAUCUUCACGAUAACCUCGAUGGCUAUUCAUCGACGAAGGACGAUUUUGAAUCCUUGGAGAGGUAUGUCGAAUAUCUAUGGAACAGUCGCAUGGGUUAUAGGAAUUUGGAUUUGCUCUGUGACGACUUUGCUCCCUAUAAGUAUACUUACUUCUCCUUUGGAUGGACACUGUAUUAUUAACUGGACGAUGAAACAAGAGCAAGCUUAUGUCCUAGCAAUCUGCCUUAUUCAAUACGUUAUCCCUCUUGUGAUUAUUCUACUUGCUUACGUACAGAUAUGUUUGAACCUGAAGAAAUACCAGAAACGAGUCGCAAGAGUAGAAGUCAGAAAAGAAAACAUCGAAAUCACACGAACAAUUGCCGUAAUUGUCAUUCUCUUUGCGGUUUUCACAUUACCUCUACAGAUUUUCUGGCUCUAUUAUGAGUUCUCAGGCUGCGAAAUUACUGAAAACAUUCAGAGAUUCCACCAAUAUGCCGAGUUAUUGACUGACUUCCAUAGUUGUCUCAACCCUCUCGCAUAUGGUGUGUUAACUAGAAGAUUCAGAAACAAGUACACACUAAUGAUAUCAUCUGUAUUCAAAAUAUUCGAAAAGUCGCAAAAAGACUUUCGUUCUACAAAUGUAAGCUCUCACAACCGGCAAGAGCGCAUUCCACUUGCUGAAAGAAACCCAGGCGUGGGUUCUACUAAUCUACAAUGACAAAAACACGGACAAAUGAGAAAAAAAAAUAAAAAGCAUAUGUGGUCUUGA